UGCGUAAAUGGAAGGUAUAGGGGACAUAGCCGAUCAUCAAUCGCAUAGCGAGCAAUUACUGGACUCGGUCGAUUCCCCAACGGCGAUUUCUACGCAGGGCCGCAGUAGCAGUGGGGGUGGUUCGAAUGGGAACUGCAUCGGUGGUGGUGGGCGAAGAGGUGGUUGCAUCAGUGUUGGUGAUGGUGAACGUGGAAGAGGUGGGGGUAUUAGGCACCACGAGGGUGGUGGUAGUGGAGGGGGUGAGGUUAUGUCCGGCUCGUCGGCUUCGCAAAGCCCCGACAUCGCGUGCGCGAGAAUCCCGCUGGAAUUGUUCGCGGCUGGUUCGCUCGGCUCCGUCAAGGAGGAGCGAGACCUCGCCGCCGCGGAGGAUUUGUCUUCGUCCCAAGAACCGCCGGCGGGUCGGCCGAACGCGAGGGAGUCCCUCUCGGUCAUCGUACCCCCGCAGGACGUCGACGUGGACUCGCGGGACGCUGACUCGGAACUCCUCAGUCCUGGCAAGCUCUCGCCGACAUCCGGCAUCAGUGUUUCCGUCGCGAGUAUGAUCGACGCGACGGACUUUAGGGCGAUGCAGCCUGAACCAACUUAUCAAACCCUGACCUCGGUGGCGGAGAGAAUGUCGCCGCCAGGUUUUAGCCCUGGAUCGUCGUACGCGACCCUGACGCCGCUUCAGCCCCUGCCACCAAUCUCGACGAUGAGUGACAAAUUUGUCUAUGGAGGACACGCCGGCAGUGGUGUUACCGGCAGUUUUGCCGUCAUGCAAAACAACGGCCUUGGAAACAUUUCCCUUGGAGGUAUGGGAGGCUCGCCUUACGCAUACGAUAAACUUGCUUCGAUGGGUAUGUCACCUCCGCAUAAUUAUCCUUCGCCUGGUGGAGGACUCCAACCAAGUCCCUUAUCACCGCAGAGUGCUUACAGUCAAAGUGCGCUAAAUUCACCUCACAAGUCUGCAAGUCCUCACUACGAGCCAGCCUUUUUGCCAAGGUUACAACAGAGUCCUGCUGCUCUGAGUCCGCCUUCGCCCCCGGUGUCAGCAGCCGCGAGUUUCGCGCCUUCACAUCAUUCCCCAAAUGCGUUAUCAGGACCAGCGUCGCCCCCUCCCAUGCAGACGCAAUUGCAACAACAGCAACAACAACAACAGCAGCAACAACAGCAGGCAAUCCAGCAGCAGACGAUAUCCCAUACACAACAUGUGCAACACACGUCGGUCGUCAUGAAGACGGUUUCUUCGGCUGGCAAUGGAGCCGGUGAAGUCGAGGAGAUCAACACUAAGGAACUAGCCCAACGGAUAAGUGCCGAACUCAAGAGGUAUAGCAUACCCCAGGCGAUAUUCGCGCAGAGGGUCUUGUGUCGCAGCCAGGGUACCCUCAGUGACCUCCUGCGCAACCCUAAACCCUGGUCCAAGCUCAAGAGUGGCCGAGAGACCUUCCGGCGGAUGUGGAAGUGGCUACAGGAGCCCGAGUUUCAGAGAAUGUCAGCCUUGAGACUCGCAGCGCUGAGCAACUGCUCUGAGAGCGGCGGUGACGUGGACACCAUGCUGGAUAUCCAUCACCCUGGAUCUGGAAUCGAGUCUCACCACCAACAGUUUCACAACUCAUAUGCUGCCCAAAUUCCACAGCGCGGAACUUGCAAGAGGAAAGACGAGAUGGCGACCCAGGCAGAACACCAACAGCCCGCCCCCAAGAAACCCCGCCUGGUUUUCACAGACCUUCAGCGCCGUACUCUACAGGCUAUUUUUAAGGAAACUAAGAGGCCGUCGAAGGAGAUGCAGGUGACAAUCGCUCGGCAGCUGGGCCUGGAGCCCACGACGGUUGGAAACUUCUUUAUGAAUGCGCGACGCCGUUCUAUGGAUAAAUGGAAGGACGAGGACCCGAAAGCCAUGGCCAUGGAUGAAGGACAAUUAUCACCAUCGCUUGGAAUUAGUCCACGACAAGCUUCUGACGUUUUGUGACAUACGUCCGACCACGAGGAGUAUCACGACGAGUCGCCCGAAGAGGAUCUUUCCUUUUCGUAAAUAAAUCUCUCGUUGAGUUAGUCUUGAUUCUUUCGCUUGGUCUUCAGUACUUCACUUUUACAGAUCAAAAAUCUUAACCAAAACAACCUCAUCAAAAAUAAAAUAAUCUUUCUUUACAUGUUUAAAUUUAAAGAAUGAAGCUUUAAAGUUGAGUAGAAGAGGCACAAAUUACAAUUUCUUCGUUCUUCUCUGACCACAAAAAAAUGAGGGUACGAAAUGUUGCGGGUAAUCGGUGAAGUAGGUAAACACGAGGUGGGUACAUCCAACAGAGGUAAACUUUACUUUGUCUGUAACAGCGGAAUGUUUACCUCAGUCUGGAUUAUCAUCUGACUAUUACCCUGCUUGAACCAUUAGUUGCCACGUUUUGUUUCUUCAGUUCCUUCUGUAACGAAAUUGGAAAUUAACAUAACUGCACAAAAAAUUGAUAAUGACAAUUUUAUCAUGAAUGAAGUACCAGACAAGCGAAAGAUGUGCUACAGUUGUCGGUGAUGAAAUCUAUGGUCUCUCAAAAAUAAUAAAAUCUCGAAGAGUGUUUGUGACGUGCUGCGUUUUACGUUACAAAGGAGAGUCGAAAUUCGAUCGAAGCCACGUGACGAACCGAUGCACAAUGCACGUCUCGUUGCACGUGAAUAUUUUGCCAAUCGCUUUUUUCAAUCUCCAGAGAAUUUAAAAUCCUUUGAAUUGAGAAAGAGAGACAGCAAAAGUGAAUAUUUAAAAUUGUUACAACUAAAAAUUGGUUUGGAUUGAAUUCAUUGUUUAUUUAGAUUUAAGGGAAAGUGGACUUACGUUAAGUCCUCGUUACCUUAAUUUCAGAAUUAAGCCUUAAAUUCAAAUAAAUUCUGAAUGGGCUGCCAAUUGUUUUAAAGCCUAACAAUUUGAGGUAUUUGUUCAGUAGUUUUUAAUGCUGGAAAUUUUUUUCUAUAGAUAAACCAAAUAUAGAAGCCUCGAUCGAGUUUUAGAUUACAGCUCAAUUUUUAAUUUUGUGCCAUAAAUUGCCAUUGUUCGUUUUUAUACAUUUAGGUGUAUUUUUAGAGCCCAUUCUAGUCCUUGUUCAGGAAACUCAGAGUUCUUUCCGAACUACGUAAAACGGGUUACAAUAUAAACAGAACUUUCUUAGAUUCACUUAGUCUAGUCAAAAUUGGAAUUACUUUUAAGAGCGAAUCGCAGACGUCUUCAAAAAAGAUUAUAUUUUAAUUCUCUUCUAAAAUCAUUUAAGGUAGAAUACAGUAUAAUAUGCAAAUAUGCACCAAGAAGACGAGUACUGAAAAAUUUUACGAUUCGUAAAAGUCCCAUCCCCUUUGGUGC